AUGAUGUUCCCCAGCCUCAUCGCCCCGCCGGCCGUGUACCCCAGCCUGCUGCGGCCCACGCCCACCCUCACCUUGCCGCAGUCGCUGCAAUCCGCUUUCUCCGGCCACUCCGGAUUCCUGGUGGAGGACCUGAUCCGGAUCGGCCGGCCCUCCGCCUUUCCGCCGCGAAGCGCCCCGGCGCCCAGCAUGUCCCCCCCGGCCGCCCGCACGGACGCGGCCACGCCAGAGCUCGGCAGCCCGGCCGCCUCCAGGAGGGGCUGCCCGCCCCCGGCCUCCGCCUCCCCCGGCGGGGACUCCACUUUCCUCAAGUUUGGGGUCAACGCCAUCCUGGCCUCCGCCCCCCGCGCCGAGUCCUCGCCGGCGGUACUGCAGAGCGGCCCCCCCAAGGCGUUCUCCUUCCCGUACUUUGACGGAUCCUUCCAGCCCUUCAUCAGAUCCUCCUACUUCCCAGCCACCUCGGCCGUCGUGCCCAUCCCCGGCACCUUCUCGUGGCCCCUGGCCGCCCGCGGCAAGCCCCGCCGCGGCAUGCUGCGUCGUGCCGUCUUCUCCGACGUGCAGCGCAAGGCACUGGAGAAGAUGUUCCAGAAGCAGAAGUACAUCAGCAAACCCGACAGGAAGAAGUUGGCGGCCAAGCUGGGCCUCAAGGACUCGCAGGUGAAGAUCUGGUUCCAGAACAGGAGAAUGAAGUGGAGGAACUCCAAGGAAAGAGAGCUCCUCUCUUCUGGCGGCUGCAGAGAACAAACCCUCCCCACCAAGUUCAACCCUCACCCAGACCUCAGCGAUGUCGGCAAGAAGUGCGCAGGAGAGGAGGAGGAGGAAGAGGAAGCUCCCAUCGCGUGCCUGCCCAGCCCCCGGCACCCCUUAAGCUACCACCAGUCCCCAGAGCACCUGCACUUGCGGGACAGACUGGACUCCCAGAUGCCUCCUUCCCCAUCUCAUUCCAGCAGCCCCAGCAAACCUUCAGACUUCUCAGACUCAGAGGAAGAGGAUGAUGAGGGGGAAGAAGAAGAGGAGGAGAUCACGGUCUCUUAG